AAUGACUUUGAACAGCAAACUCUGAGCCAAUGCGAGCAGCGCAUCUUCAGUCGCUCUCUGUGCGGAAGUGGGCCGCGGGGCAGGGCGCGCUGCGCCGCAUAUAAACUCACGCGGACUUCCUCAAACUCACUUUGCAUCGGAGCAGAGACGCACUCAGAUCUAAAGCAGCAGUCAUGAGCUGGGACAGCUACAUCACUAGCCUGACCAAGAGCGAGUGGGUGGAUGAUGCGGUCAUCCUCGGAUGCACACCGGGUCAGGAGUCCGUUUGGGCGGCAGCACCGGGCGGCUGGCUGAGCCAAGUCUCGGCGUCUGAGGUCAAGGCUAUCAUCGCCAGUGACCGCAGUACUCUGUUCGCCAAUGGAGUGACUCUGGCCGGCAGGAAGUGCACGGUGCUGAGAGACGCUCUGAACGUGGACGGCCAGAACACCAUGGACAUCAAGAUGAAGACCUCAGAGAAAGAGCCCGACCCCUUCUCCUUCACCAUCGGCAGAGCUCACAAAGCGAUAAUCAUUGCUAAAGGUGUAAAAGAUGCUCACGGAGGCAAAGUCAAUCCACCUGUCUUUGACAUGACCACAUACCUCAGGAAGAUGAACAUGUGAACAAGCCCCGCCCCCUGCUCUACUGACUCCGCCCACUUCACCACGCUCUGCCACUUCACCUGUCGGCCGUCUGCAGGAUCUGACCUGAUCUCCAUUCAUAAAGCCAGAAGAACUGCUCCAAGAUCAACCAAACGUGUGCUUGAGAAGAUCAUCUCGGUUUAAACAUUCCAGGAGUUUGAGAUCUUGGUUUCUUCUCCAGUCAGGCAGUGGAACGCAAACUCUAGUUAAUAUCAAACUCAUUUAUUGGUUUUAUCAUAAAUUAAUUGAUUGAUUUACGGUUCUAUAGUAUUUUCUGUGUUUUGGACGGGCGGAGUGUCCAGUCAAAUGGUUUUAGCAUUUGUUUGUAUGAUUGUUUGUGUGAAAUCCUGCUGAACAAAACCGAGAUAUCUAUUAGAUGCCAAAUAAAGAGAGAAUGAGUUUGUAUGGA